CAUGACGUAAUGUUGCACAUUUGUAAUGGCGUAAAUACUAAAUACUAAAUGAGUAUAUUUUGAUUUUUCUAAAAUCUUUAUUAAACCGAUGGGUUAGAAUAUGGCUAAAUAUGAUCGAGUUUUAAGAGCUCUUCUAUUUACACAAACUAUAUUUCUUGUGUAGUAAAUGAUAGGUUAUAGGUCAAGAUAGCGUAUUUGCCAAGGGUGUGUAAUUCAAGUAGACCCUUAGGUGUACGCUGAACGGCUAAAGGUGGAACUGGGGUCGUAUGAUGUUUGCCAAAAAAGGUCAAUUUGUGUGCUGGUCCUGAUCAAUGCAGUAUUAUAGCUUGUCAUCAAAAGCAUGUGACUAGCAAAAUGACUGGAAAAUGCUUGCUCAAGUCAAGGGGAAAAAAGAUAUGAAAGCCAUUCCAAAGAAAGCUCCAACACAUGUUGUUGCCCUGUACAAUUACCUGCCAACAGAAGAUGACAUAUUUAAUGAAAGUGAACCUAGUUAUAUUGCUCCAGAUGCCAAUGUUCAGUUAACCAUAAGGAAAGGGGACAUAUUUGAGUUGACUGGAGAGCUUGGUUGGUGGCUAUUUGUUGAGUCUUCAGAUCACGGCCAUGGUUAUGUUCCUAGUUAUCUCAUGGUGCCAGUUAAAUAUGAUGUACUCACAGCUGAUGAUCUCAAGGUUUUAUCUCAUGGUGGAGAUGUGCCUCCAUCUGCAAUUGACACUGAAGUGGAUUUGGCAUAUUUUCCGGAUGCUCUUAGUGACGAAAAGGACAUUGGAGUUCAUAGGGAAAUUUGCCCAGAAGAAAAUGCCAAUAUAUUUUCACGUAUGACUAUAUGGUGGUUAACAAGCUUGAUUUAUCGGGGAUACAAAAAUCCUUUGACUGACAAAGACCUAUGGGCCUUAAGUGACUAUAAUAGUUCCAAGGAAAUUGUCCCAAAAUUUCUAGAAGCGUGGUCCAGGGAAGAAGAAAAAAUUGCUGCACUUAAAACUAAGUCUGAAAAGAAAUCCAAAAACUACGAAGGAGUUGAAACUGAUGACGUCACAAUAAUCGACAAGGAUAAGAAAAAGAAAGAACCCCGGCCCAGCCUUCUGAAAACAAUAGGCCGUGUUUUUGGAAAAAUAUUCUUUAUUUCAUUUUUGUUAAAGCUUGUGCAAGAUGUUUGUGUUUUUACUCAACCUCAGUUGUUAAAGUUGAUAAUCGAAUAUGUUGAAGACAAGGACAAUAAAAUGGAGAGUUGGUCAGGAUACGUUCUAGCGUUGGCUAUGCUCGUGGUUGCUAUGAUACAGACAAUCUGUCUUCAAAAUAACUUCUAUUUAACAUUUACUGCAGGCAUGAGAAUAAGAACGGCGAUUAUUGGUGCAGUGUAUAGAAAGGCGUUAGUCUUGAGUAAUGCAUCGCGUAAUUUGUCUACCGCCGGUGAACUGGUCAAUCUUAUGUCUGUUGAUUGCCAAAAAAUACUGGAAAUUACAUCAAAUUUUGCGAUAAUUUGGUCAACACCAUUACAGAUAAUUUUUGGUUUAGUAUUUCUGUUUCGUACGCUUGGUGUUUCUGUUCUCAGUGGUCUCGCUAUGAUGAUUCUACUUAUGCCAGUGAAUAUGUGUUCUGGAAAACUAGCGCAAAAAUACCAGAAAAAACAAAUGCUUUAUAAAGAUUCAAGAGCAAAAACUAUGAACGAAAUUCUAAAUGGCAUUAAGGUGUUAAAGUUAUAUGCCUGGGAAAAAUCUUUUAUUGAAAAAGUAUUGGGUAUUCGUAAACUUGAACUCCACCAACUCAAGCUUGGGAAAUUUGUAUGGUCUGCGCUUUCGUUCACCUAUCUCUGUGCUCCAUUUGCAGUUUCAGUGGUGACGUUUGGUACCUAUGUUUUACUGGGCAAUACACUGACAGCAUCAAAAGCAUUUGUAGCAUUAGCAUUGUUCAAUAUUUUACGUUUUCCAUUGACGGCCUUGCCAUGGAUGCUUAUGAAUCUUAUACAGGGUCUUGUGUCAGCGAGGCGGAUAGCAACAUUUCUCUCUUUGCCUGAGUUGGACAGUGAAUGUAUUAAGAAAACAUCUGAGACUGAUGAUGUCAUUAGUAUUGUUGAUGGAACAUUUUCAUGGGGUGAAAACCAAUCACCUGUUCUCAAGAAUAUUAACAUUCAUGUGAAAAAAGGAUCUUUAGUCGCUGUUGUUGGUCAAGUCGGUUGUGGAAAAUCAUCUUUACUUUCUGGUCUACUUGGAGAAAUGGAGAAAUCUAAUGGGGAGGUCAUCAAAAACGGAUCAACAGCGUAUGUUCCACAGCAAGCCUGGAUUCAGAAUGACACAGUGAGGGAAAAUAUUUUGUUUGGGAAAUGCUUUGAUCCUAAACGUUACCACAAAGUCAUUGAUAGCUGUGCUUUAACGCCAGAUCUUGAGGUUUUAGCUGCUGGUGAUAAAACACAAAUAGGAGAACGGGGUGUAAAUCUAAGUGGUGGUCAAAAGCAACGUAUCAAUUUAGCAAGAGCUGUGUAUUUCAACGCAGAUAUUUAUUUACUGGAUGAUCCACUCAGUGCUGUGGAUGCCCAUGUUGGUAAACAUAUCUUUGAUCAUGUGAUUGGACCCAAAGGAUGUCUCAAAAAGAAAACGAGGAUUCUUGUCACACAUCACACACGAGUUCUACCUGAAGUGGAUCAGAUUAUUGUUCUCAAGGAUGGUAUUAUUACGGAGCGUGGAACCUAUUCGGAAUUGGUUUGCAACGAAGGAGCUUUUUCUGACUUUCUUAAAACAUACGCAGCUGAGGUGGAAAGCGAUGAGGGUAUGUCUUCGACUGAUGGUAUGUUAAUGGAUGAACAUGGCUCACCUGUUGAGUUCAAACGGAUGGUCAGCGUUAUAACACAACAGAGUGAAGUAACCAGUGAACAGGAUAACCCUGGCCAAAAACAAGAGCCUGAAAAUAAAAUAAUCGAAGAUGAAACUAUGGAAUUAGGACGUGUCAAAUUCUCAGUGCUUCUAUCGUAUUUUGUUGCCAUGGGUAUCAUCUUUACUGUGCUUAUCUUUCUAUCUCUAAUCCUAUCCACGACCUGUCUCGUCUCAUCGCAGAUAUGGUUAGCACGUUGGAGCACAUCAAACAUAACAGCUUCUUCAGAAAACACUCGAUACCUUGGAAUCUACGCUGGUAUUGGUAUUGGUCAAGCAAUAUUUGUAACUUCAAGCUCGUUUUUAAUGGCAUAUGCCUCAUUCAAGGCUUCAACUGCGCUACACGAGAAAUUACUGGUCAAUAUUAUGCAUUUAGCCUUGGCCUUCUUCGAAGUUACCCCUACCGGACGUAUAUUAAACAGAUUUUCAAAAGAUGUGGAUAUGGUUGACAGUGUGAUACCUACUGUUCUUCAACAGUUCCUAGGCUCGUCGUUUAACGUUUUGGGUGUUGUAUUUAUCAUAUCUUUCGCAACACCAUUAUUUCUGACAAUUUUAUUUCCACUAACCCUACUGUAUUUUAUAACUCAGAGAUUCUAUAUUCCCUCGUCAAGGCAAUUAAAACGUUUGGAAUCUGUGAGUAAUUCGCCAAUAUACAGCCACUUUCUGGAGACAUUAGGUGGAGUUAGUACUGUACGAGCAUAUGGACAGGAAAAACGGUUUAUUCUGGAGAGCGACAACCUGGUUGAUCACAAUCAAAUGUCUUAUUUUCCAAGUGUAACUUCAAACAGGUGGUUAGCUAUUCGUCUUGAGUCCAUUGGGAAUUUCCUGAUAUUUUUUACGGCGUUGUUCGGUGUGAUAGGGCGUGAUGGGGUUGAUAGUGGUCUCAUAGGAUUGUCAAUUACCGUGGCCUUAGAGGUAACUCAAAGUCUUAACUGGUCAGUGCGCAUGUCUAGUGAGUUGGAAGCUCAAAUUGUUGCUGUCGAACGGAUCAAUGAAUACUCCAGAGUUGAACGAGAGGCGGAUUGGAUCAACGAAGAGUGUCGUCCACCAGAAGACUGGCCUAAUAAGGGUGUAAUUGAAUUUGAAAGAUUUGAUUUAAGAUACAGAGCUAAUCUUGAUCUUGCUCUUCGUGGGAUAGAUUGUGACAUUAAACAAGGAGAAAAGGUUGGUAUAGUGGGGCGCACAGGUGCAGGAAAAUCCACAAUGACAAUGGCAUUAUUUCGAGUGGUUGAAUCUGCUGGUGGAAGAAUUGUUAUCGAUGGUAUUCCUGUAUCACAACUUGGACUACAUGAUCUACGUUCUCGACUCACCAUAAUACCUCAGGAUCCUGUGGUGUUUACAGGCACAUUGCGUUUCAAUCUGGAUCCAUUUGAUCAAUACGGUGAUGAAAUGUUGUGGAAAGCGUUAGAUGUUACUCAUUUAAAGAGUUAUGUGUCGAAUCUUGAAAAUGGUCUUGAACACGAAGUCAGUGAAGGAGGAGCAAACCUCAGUGUUGGCCAACGUCAACUAGUUUGUCUAGCUCGCGCUUUGCUACGAAGAACAAAAAUUUUGAUCCUUGAUGAAGCAACAGCUGCUGUGGAUUUAGAAACUGAUGAACUUAUUCAACAAACAAUUCGAAAAGAAUUUGCUGACUGUACUGUUAUUACUAUCGCACAUCGUCUAAACACGAUCAUGGAUUAUACCAGAAUAAUGGUCUUAUCAUGCGGACACAUCAUUGAAUUUGACUCGCCAAAAAGUUUACUCGAAAAACAGGGCGCGUUCUACGGCAUGGCAAAAGAUGCAAAACUGGUGUAAGCAACAAACCACCAUUCUUCAUCACAGACAGUGAUUUUUAAAAUUUUUUUUAUUUUUCCAAUAUAUAUAUAUUUCUGUUCCAUGAUAUACAUAAUUAUACAUAUUAGAUAGAUAUGGUGACAGUCAUCCGUAACAUAACGAAAGAGGAUUGUAUACUGUACGAGUGAAAUAGAUCGAAAAUAUUA